CUAUUUAGUUGGCUAACUUUACGUAAUGUGACAAAGGUAAACAUAAUUUCUAGUGGAGCGCAUUUGUUUCCAUAACAACCUGCAGGGCAGGGUAGACACAAGGGACAAACUUAAUCAAUUCGCGGAAGUGGUUGAAAGGAGUAACGUCAUCAGCUAUCAUAACUUGGUUUCCAACUUUCCGAAAAUUGCCAAAAAAGAGUGUGUAAUACAUUAUCAGAGCAUAUUAAUGAACUUCUGUUAAGUGUAUUGACGAACUAUUUAAAGUAUGUUUAAGAACUGGGGGACCUGGCUUGGAAUAGAAAACGAAAAUGGCCAAGUUAAGCAAGAAGACGCGUCUGUUGAUGCUAAUGAAGACAAGACUCAGGACAUAAACAAGACGACUGCUGUUGCUGAAAGGGAUCCAACCAGUGCUGUUGAGGAAGAUGCUCAACCGCCUCAAAUGCUCCAAAAGGCGAAUGGCUUCAGUGGCUACAUUUAUAACUUCGCCAGCAGUGCCUCAAAGAAACUGUCUGAGUCUGUGGUGGAAACAGCACAAACCCUAAAGAAAAGUGUGAAGGAGGGGAAGAUCAAUGGAAUUAUUGAUAAGACUAUUUUGGGAGAAUUCCAGAAAGAACAAGAAAGGUUUGUUCAGGAGAAAAAGGCAAAAACAUCUGGUGCUGCUGUGCCACCAUGGGUUGGUUAUAACGAAGAGGACACCAUACAGCAACAGAUUUUAGCUCUCUCCGCUGACAAAAGAAAUUUUUUGCGAGAUCCUCCCGCUGGGGUACAGUUUCACUUUGACUUUGAGCAAAUGUAUCCAGUCGCCAUGGUGAUGUUGGAAGAAGAUGAGCUGCUUCGGAAGAUGCGCUUCCAUCUGGUCCCCAAACAGGUGAAAGAGGAGGCCUUCUGGAAGAAUUACUUCUACCGUGUGUCUUUGAUAAAACAGUCAGCUCAGCUCACAGCUCUAGCAGCACAACAGGCUGCUGAGCGCAGAAUCAUGGAGGGAACUGGCACCAGUCCGGAGACUGCUCAACAAAAGGAUGUUGUUAAACGAAAAACUCCCCCUGCCCUCUGCAGUGCCAAACCAAAGACAAGGGAGGAGGAAGAGGAGAUCUCCACCAGCCCAUCUGUGUCUGAAUUUGUGAGUGAUGCUUUUGACUCAUGCAAGAUAAACGAGGACGACCUACGCAAAGAAAUGGAACAGCUGGUUCUAGACAAGAGGGAACUUACAAAUACACAACAGGAGGAGACUCCUGACUGGGAGAGAGAGCUGCAGGAGGAGCUUCAGGAGUAUGACGUGUUGGCUGAUAAUGAAAAUCGUGAUGACAACUGGGACAAGGAGAUUGAAGAGAUGCUAAUGGCGGACAGUUAGAGCACUUACAUAAGUCUUAUCUGUGUUAAGGACACCUUUUAAGGUUAGAAACAGCAUGUGACUUCAGAUUUAAUGCUCCCAGCAGAAUGAUUCAUUUCAAUAUUGGUCCUUGAAUAACUCGGGACAGAGAAAUACCACAGUGUACUAUUUCUGUAGCCUGAAAAUGUUAAUGAGUAAAAAUGCAGUUUAUCUCCUCCAGUUAAAAGAAUAGAAGAUGUUGUCCUGCAUCUCAAGUUCAUAAUGUGAUACUGAGGUACGCCUCCACAGAGCAUAAAAAACUUCAGCCUCAGAUUCGACCUUGACAGAAUGUAACCUUUGCUUAACGGUGGCCGCUAUUGACACAAGUGGCAAUUACAGGAUAAUAGUAAAUGCACACAUAGAGGAGACACAAGCACAGCAGAGUGACUCAGCAAUGUCUGUUACACAGCAACAUCUCCCUACAAUUUCUAUCACCAGCCACCAUAAGUUAGGCUGUAGCAGCAAAACCAGUGAGUAUAUUGAAUAGAGGUGUGAAUCAGCAGAGGCCCCAUGAUACGAUUUUAUCCCGAUACUUGAGUCACAAUACUUGAGAUAUUAUUGCGAUUUUAAGCAUUUUUUGAUGUGGUGAGUAUUGCAAUACAAUAUAUUGCGAUUUUAACUGCAUUUUGUGUCCACAAAAUUAAAUUCAAUCAAGAAUUGUUUUGUCAAAUCAGAGAAAAUUCUCAGUCUGUUCAUCUCACUUCAGUCUUUUUAUUUCUCCACAGUGAGAGUCAAAUCCACAGACUGACCGACAAAGUAUUUAAACUGAACUUAACUGAUAUCAAACGUAUGGGUGACAACAACUGUAGCAUUUUCUCAAACUUUCCUCAACUUUAAGCUUCACUGCUCUUAAUUUUUUUGAAUGAAAUAUAAAAAAUAGCCUAACUUUGCAGCAUUAUUUCGACAACUUCCCAACACAAUAUCCUGGCACACAUGGUGCCUAUAGAUUCCUUAGAUGUUCUAGUUUCAUGUUUUCAUGUUCAUGAUUCAUACCACUAUAUCCAGUAUAUUCCUAAAAGUAAGCCCACUAAAAAAACACAAACGGCAAAAAUACUGACGGCCCGCCGCAGCUAAAUAUCUAUUCUUGGCCAUGAAUCGAUAUAAUAUCGCAAUGCAAAAUAUUGCCCCUAAUAUUUAAUUGAGCAAGGAUGUAUUUAAUUUCUUUAAACCUGUUCAUUUUUAAGCGGAAUAAUGGGUUACAAAUGUUACUUAGUCUUGCUUUAACGAUGCAUUCUUGCAUCUUUAAAGCAAUGAGUCAGGUAAUUUCCUUUCAGUUCCAGAGGAUCUCACAUAACCAGUAAAGUAUAUUUUUGAACAGAGUUUAUCCUAUGACUGAGCCAACUCUUUUUUUUAUAAGUAUAAAUAAAAAUGAUACUGUGAUGGUUGCUAAUAAUAUGUGGUAGCCUACUUAAAAGUCACAAUCUCAAAGAUUUCUGUGUUGUUGUGUUUGGUGACACCUAUGGCGAUAUGUGAAAAUGUGGAUGAGUUUCUGGAUGUAGCUUCCAGGAGAUACGCCGAUUCACACACUUGUGAGUUGAAGAGUGAAUUUGUUGCGUUAGCUCUGCCUGGGUGAUGGAAACAUUCAUCAACUGUGGGCAGCUUGUGGUUUUUCUUGCGAUUGUCGCCACAGACAUCAUGAUACUGUCGGCCUUUCAGUGGGUCAUAGACUCAAUCAUCACUGCAGUGCCUCAUUCAACAAUCAAUAUUGACCUAACAGACUUUUAUUUAAAUGUAAAUCUAUGAAAAUUAUUACUCUGAUAUUUUUAAAAUCUGUUAACAGUGCAUUACGGUAUAUAAUAUAAUACACAGUGUAGGUAUAACCUGUAAUGCGUUGUGUAUUUUAUCAAAUUGAUAAUACUGAACAUACAUAUUUUUUGUGAGAAAGUCAACUUUCUCCACAUGCAAACAUAUGCUGUGACUGCUGAUGCAAUGUAUUUUGUGGAUACAUGUUUUGUGCUCUUCUAGUUUACAUCAAAUCUUUCUUCAGAAAAUAUACCAAGAAUCCAUUGUCUUUUAUGUUUAUAUACUGUAUGUACAUUUCAGUGUAGUGUUACCUUUUUAUUAAAGCUUCACA